UCCGAGCGGACCGCGGCUCCGUCAGCGGACAUAUGAAGGCUUGUUCCCCCGGACCAAGGACGUGUCUUCGGUGAUUCUCCUCCGUGCCGUCGCCUCUCUAUGGAUGUGAAGUAACGCGGCGGUGGUCAGUCGGUGUCCCUCCAUCUCUGCGCUCUUCUCGGUCAGGACCGCAUCCACAAAAUGGCGGACAUCAUCGAGCUGGGACCCGCCUACGCCAUGUCUCCGGUGCUGGCGGGCUUCCUGGGAGCUGGUGUUCUGGUUCUGGUUGUGGUGGUUUUGGUUCUGCUCUGGUCUUUCUGCCAGCGACGCUACCUUCGUGUCUCCGGACGUUACAAGCUGCACGGCGACCGCUACUGCGACGCUGAGGACCCGCCCUACAAGUUCAUCCACAUGCUGAAGGGGAUCAGCAUUUACCCAGAAUCCCUCAGCAGCAGCAAGAGGAUUGUCCGCGGCAUCCGGCGUGCCGACCGGUCCGACCGUGAUGGAGAGCGAGGCUGCCCUGGCGCCAGCGCCGCAGGGAGGGGAAUGGUGCUGGUGGACGCUGAGAACAACAUCCUGGACGUCCCAGGUCAGCUGCAGAUGAGUCACCUGGUCCCACCUGCCGGGUCAGGCUCCGCCCACAGCCAGGCCCGGCUGGAGCGGGCAUUGCCAGUCCGUGCCGACUACUGCUGCCUGGACAGUAGCUCAGCCAGCAGCAGCCAGACCAGCAGCAAGACAGCGUCGCCCUUCACACCUGCCUCCUCAGAACCAGAACCCGAGCCCAGCCUGGGGUCCAUCAGCCUCACCGUUGACUACAACUUCCCCAAGAAGGCGCUGGUGGUGACCAUCGUGGGCGCCCGCGGCCUCCCCGCCAUGGACGAGCAGGCGGGCAGCUCGGACCCAUACGUGAAGAUGACCAUCCUGCCAGAGAAGAAACACCGCGUCAAGACCCGCGUGCUGAGGAAGACCCUGGACCCAUUGUUUGACGAGACCUUCACCUUCUACGGCGUGGCCUACAGCUCGCUACCCGAGCUCACUCUGCACUUCCUGGUCCUCAGCUUCGACCGCUUCGCCCGCGAUGACGUCAUCGGAGAGGCCGUAGUGCCUCUGAAGGGCGUCGACCCGAGCACGGGCCGAGUCCACCUGAGCCAGCAGAUCACCAAGAGGAACAUGCAGUGUGAGAGUCGUGGCGAGCUGCUGGCCUCUCUGUCCUACCAGCCGGUGUCUCAUCGCCUCAGCGUGGUCGUCCUCAAGGCCCGGCACCUUCCCAAGAUGGACAUCACCGGCCUGUCAGCCAAUCCUUACGUGAAGGUGAACGUCUUCUACGGUCGUAAACGCAUCGCCAAGAAGAAGACUCACGUGAAGAAGUGCACGCUGAACCCCGUCUUCAACGAGUCCUUCAUCUAUGACAUCCCGCCUGAGCUGCUGCCCGAGAUCUCCGUGGAGUUUCUGGUGGUCGACUUCGACCGGACCACCAAGAACGAGGUUCUGGGCCGCCUGCUGCUGGGCCUGCACAGCCCCGCCCCCUCCGGUGCCUCCCACUGGCGGGAGGUCUGCGAAAACCCCCGCCGGCAGAUCUCCAAAUGGCACAACCUGAGCGAGUACUGAGGAGGAGGAGCAAGAACCAGAACCAGCGACCCCGCUGGGACUCCACCAGUGAAGCUCACUGGAAACACAGACUCAGUGUACAGCACACACACACACAUCUGCACACAUUUACAUGCAACACACACACACAAACACACACACACACAGACACACACACUGUUGUGAUCAUAGUUAAACUCUCUCUCUCUCUCUGUCUCUAUUAUCUCUCUCUACCACCACUACAUUCGCAAUGAUAAGAAGAAUCCUGCAGUUCUUUACUUCAGCCAGCAGAUGAAAAGAAAAAGCUGUUUUUCAAAUAGAAACCAUGAAGUCCAUUUCUAAGACUGUUGUUGUGUCUCCUCCAGGGGAAGGAAUGCUCCAAUAACAUUAAAAAAGAAAUCCUUGAAAAAAGAAAACAAUCCCCCUCUUGCUGUUGUUGUCAUGCAGUUCAUCGCAUGUCUGUCUGAAAAGAAAAACAAAACAACUCGGGAUAAAGAGUUGAGAGCUGCUGACAUCUCGCUGACUGAUCGACAGGAAGAAACUUCAGCUCUGACAGAAGAGAAAGUCCAGUUUAAGUACUCAGUAACACUGCAUUUAACUAAUAUAUCCAAUAUAAUUACUCCUCAGUAGGACCAAAUAAGAAACCUCCUCCCACCUCUGAAGCUCCACCUCAGCGACAGACUUCCAUUGUUCGGGGGGAUGAAGAUGUUUUCGUCGGCAGCAUGCAGCCUGCAGAUUCCUACAGUUUCCUCCCAUCCUGCAGCAGAACUGAUCCGCAGGAGCUGGACGCCCUCGUUUUAAUGUGGACUUUAACUGAAUGCGGAUUAAAAACUAAACAUCUCCUGACUGACCCUAGAUCACUCUGAUAAAUCUGCUCAUGGAGGCAGAGAGACGAUGUAAAAUACUUGUUUGUGACAUGAAUACGUUUCUCUGAUUUCCUGCAGCAGAGGCAGCUGUGGGUCCUGAUGGUGGUUUUAGGCCUGUUACCUUCAGAUCUCUGACUCCACAGCGCUCUUACGUGCAGGUGUGACGUGAAAAUUACAAAUCACAGAAGAGAAGAAACCUGGGCCGACUGCCUGUAUCAGAGGUGUCACACUGACAGACGCUCUGUGGCUUUGAUUGAGCUUUUUUCUGCACAAACUUUGACUUUUAGCAUCUAAAAGCAAAGACAACACUGGUACCGUUAAACUCACAAACUUAAGUUGCUUCAUUUAUUUAUUUGCUGAAAAUAUCAGGCAUUCGGUGCAUAAUCAGUUUGGAAAAGUAGGUUUUAUUUUGGUCUGUAAUGAAGUGAAGACAGUCUUGGUGGACUGAAAUUUUUCUUCAACCUAUCGAUUAGUCGCUUGGAAAAAAAAAUAGCAGCUUUUGUGUAGACAGACUAACUGUUCAGCGACUCUACCUGCAGCCUCAUUGAAUACUUUCUAAAUCAAUGUUAGAAGCUCAUAUUGCAGCAGGUCCAGCUUUAGAUGGUCUUCAGUGUCUACAUUCAGCUGUUUAAAGUUAGAGAAGGUUUUGGAAGAUAUUUUAAUUCACUAAAAAUCAACAUUUGCACCUAUAAAAUUCUAAAUUCCACAUAUUUGCAGGUUGUUGGUAAUGAAUUAGUUUUGAUUAUCGAGCAGCUUAUUUGAACGUAAACAAUCGAGGAAUAAUAAUCACUAAGGAUCGUACUAAUAAGGAGUAAAGCAGUAACAACAGAAGCCUAAAUAUCCUGGAAGUGCUCCAUUUGAGACAAAAACUAUUUCUUCGGGAGCUUAAGCUGCUCUGAGGAGUCACUCCACAAUCUGACAUCCUUCACGUUUUUGGGGGAAAACACCUGCUCGGCUGAUUUGAACACCUUAUUUCCACCUCAGGAUGUUUUGGGGGAAUCUAGAAAAGUCUGAUCACAUUAUUUUCAGAGUUAAAAUCAAAGAGCACCCAGUGUCACAGCUUCAUAGUCUAAACUUCUAUUUAAAGUAAAGCAAAUGUAGGUAAUAGCCUCAAAGCCUAGAGGACAAAACAGAGUCUUGAUCUGCUGAUAGAUUCCUGAUUAAAUGAAACAUGAAAUGACGGACAGUUCAGUGUGGAUCUUGAUAACAACAGGCCUAAAAGACGACCAGCAGCCACAGCUCCCCUCUGCUUUGCUGCCUUCCUUCCUUUUUCUCUCUUUGUGUCUCAUUUUGUACAUUUUCAUUCUCUUCUCGACCAGAUUUGGACUCCUGAUUUGCACUCGUUUGUAAAGCAUUUCUCCCUGUGAACAUUUCCCUGCACAAUGAUUUAGUCGGCCAGCUGGUGGCGCUGUUUUGUAUUGAUUUGUUUCAUAAAAAGUGAAUUGGGUUUAAUAUUUUGUUGAUGAUACACUGUGAGUGAACUUUUGAAAGCACAUUUUCAUCCCAGUUGAAAGUUAAUCCACCUUAAAUCUGCUCUGCAGCUUGCUUCUCUUACAGAGAUUAAUAAUGUGUGUAAAACUAAAUUUCACUUUAAAUCUUAGAGACGUAACGAAGCGGUGAAGACGCCGCAGCAGCUUUUAUCACCCGAAGCCUCAGAUCUGGUUUGUGGACUGAAGCUGUGACCGACAGACGGACGGACGGACUGACUGACUGUAGAUUUGUACAGAUGUGAAAAUGUUUGCUGGUUUCUCUCCUGUCUGAUGUCCUCGGAGCUUUAGUGUGUUUGAGCGCCCCCUGCUGUAGACCUGGAUGCUAACCUCUGUGUUGGGUUUGUUAACACUCAUUGGACGUGCAAAUAAAAAACAAGUUAGCCAUGA